AUGUCUCCCCAGAAAAAGAAAAAAGGUGGCAAGGAUUUACACUCCCAAAAGGCAAAUAAAGAAUCCUAUUCUUCAGGCCUUCCAAAUGAUCAAACUGACAAUUCUCUCUGAUCCUCCUCCCCACACCCCCUUUUUUUCUUCUUUAAAUUUAUUCAAAGCCGAAGAAACACCCCUCUGAAAUCUCUGACCCGAUAGUUUAGUCACAGAAUCUGCAUGCGUACGUCGUUUAACAAAAAUAAUAUAUCUGUAUGCGUAUAAGAGUAGAGGUAGAGCUUAUAUAAAAAGGAAAAAUUAGUAUCCUAGACAGUCUCUUUCCCCUUUUUCUUCAAAGUCAUAGCGGCUGCUUUUAUCACAUCUCUCUAUUAUUAUCACACAUCACCUCCUAUAUAUAUUCAACCCCUCCACUUAUUUUUCUGUCCCUUAUUGUCACGUAUCAGAGAUCAGGAAGAAAUUCGAGUCCUGGCUUUCAGGAAUCCAGUUUUAUUUCAAGAACUCUAUACCAUUUGGUUUCUGGGAUCUGAUAAGGAUCAAGAUUGGUUUUUUUUUUUGGUUACUUAAAGAAUGGCAAUAGAAGCACAGUUUCCAUUUUGUGGAGGGUCACAACAGGAUUGGAUGGAUUAUGGCUGUGGAGGUUUAAAUCAGCACUUCAAUGUUCAGCAACAAAAACAGCAGCAGCUGCAGCAAUGUAACAUGCAUCAGCUACAGAGUUACCAGCUUCAAAGGAAUCAAGAUCUUUUCUCUGAUAACACUCUUGUUUCUGCUUCGAAAAAUAACUGCAACACCAGUAAUCUUUCAAUGGGUACCUUGGCCUCCUACGAUGAGAAGCAAAGACAAGAGAUUGAUCACUAUAUCAGACUGCAGAAUGAGAGAUUGAGAUUGGUGUUACAAGAGCAAAAAAGGCAGCAGCUUGGAUUGUUGUUAAAGAAACUAGAAUCAAAGGCCCUGCCUAUAUUGAAACAGAAGGAUGAAGAAAUAGCACAGGCAGCUAAAAGAACAGUGGAGCUUGGAGAGUUCUUGAAGAAACUAGAGUUUGAGAAUCAAACAUGGCAAAGAAUGGCUCAAGAAAACGAAGCCAUGGUUGUUUCUCUCAACAACACAAUUGAACAGCUAAGAGAAAAUUCAUCUGGUUGCUUUAACAAUGGUGCAGAGGAUUCAGAGUCCUGCUGCGAUGUUAGUAGCGGAGCAGAGGAGGGGUUGCUUGAUGCCGCUGAUGACACAGCGAGAAAGAUGGUGAUGGUAUGCAAGGGAUGUAAUUCUAGGAAUUCGUGCAUUUUGUUCCUUCCUUGCAGGCACCUUUGCUCAUGUAAAGCUUGUGAGGCUUUUCUUGAUUCUUGUCCGGUGUGUCAAACACCAAAGAAGGCCAGUAUCGAGGCUUUAAUGGUUUAGAUUUUCAAAAAAUUCCGGGAAAAGUGAAAGGUAAAUAGAAAAGGAACGGGAAAGAAAAUCAAGAACCCAAUUCAAUGCAUUGGAUAGAAGCAAGGAUCGAUGUGUAGUGACUAGGGGCUAGGGCUAUUAGAUAUCUUUUUCUUCCCUUUAUCUUUUCUUUUUUUCUCUUUUGCCUUUUUAGGGUCUCAUGUGUUCAUAAUUGUACUUCAAACCAGUAGCAAGAAAUCAAUCAGACAUAUUGGACAGAAUUACGGGACAAGAUGAGGGCAUCUCAUGCUGUCUUCUGAUGCAUUUUCUUGCCAAUUGUGUGGGCAUUGGCAGUGACAAGAAAAGAUUGAAAGCAAUGUCAGAUUCGCACCAAGCUCUCAAUCUGCGUUUACACCUCAUCUGUGAAAUGAAAAGUAGCUUGAUUAA